AUGGCAUGCAGGCUGAAAAGAACAUGCUCCGUCGCUGGCUGUGGAAGAAAACACACGAAAUUUCUCCACAUCCUGCAGCCGCAAGAAGAAACAACUCCGUCAACUACCCAACCAGAGGCCCAAGUUCGAAAUGGCUAUAUCGACUCAGCCGAAGACACAAGCUGUAAUAAUAUCACAGGGGCCGGUAGCAGAAGCGUCCUACCCAUCGUAUCUGUGAGGGUUCAAGCUGCACAAGGUAACACGUUUGUGCGGACCUACGCAUUGUUGGACACAGGCUCUACAAACACUUUCUGCACCGAGCAGUUAGCUCAAUGUCUUGGAGUGAAAGGGACCAAGCAGAAACUCAGCCUGACAACGCUUGACAAGAUAGACAGUACAAUCGAUACGACUUUGGUGAGCUUAGUCGUAGACUCUGGUCCGACUACAGAAAGACUAGAGAUGACAAAAGUGUACACGAAACCAAAGAUCAACGUUCAUGGUACACACAUGGCAAAAAUGGACGAAAUAUCAGGAUUGCCUCACUUGAAAGGUAUUGAUUUGCCAUUUGCUGGAGAGAAGGAAGUUGAGCUCCUGAUAGAACAAGAUGUUCCAAAAGCACUGAUGCCGCUCGAAAUAAGGGCAGGAAAAGAAGGACCAUACGCGCUAAGAACAGCCCUGGGAUGGUCAUUGCAUGGUUCAGUGAACCAAGUGAGCGGAAAAAGACAAGAUUUGACCGCUAGUUCCAGCUUCAUCCAAGGAGACAUCUGCUUUGAAGAACAGUUAGAUAAAGUUUGGAAACUGGAAGCGUCAGAUUGCACAAGUGAUGAAAGAGGCCUGUCAGUAAAUGACCAAAGAGCGCUGAAGGUUUGGAAAGAUGGAGUAUGUAUGGAAGGAGGACAUUACCAGUUACCUGUGCCAUUUAAGAAAUGUUCACCCAGUUUGCCAGAUAACCGAUGGCUAGCUGAGCAAAGGUUGCAAGGUCUCGCAAGAAAACUUGGCAAUGAUGAUAAGCUGCAUCGUAAGUACCAAGAAGGAAUCAAGGACUUACUUAAGAAGGGAUAUGCUGAAGAAGUGGAAGGGCAAGAAUGUAAGCCCGAUGACAAGCCUGUGUGGUAUCUGCCUCAUCACCCUGUAUUUCAUCCUAUGAAACCAGACAAAUUGCGCAUUGUGUUCGAUUGCGCAGCCAUAAGUGGCGGCGUGUCCCUCAAUAGUGAAGUACUGCAAGGACCAGACCUAACAGACAGACUGAUAGGAGUCUUAUUGAGAUUUAGACGGGAACCAGUUGCCUUCAUGGCAGAUGUAGAGGCCAUGUUCCAUCAAGUUCGCGUGCCUGUAGAAGAUCGAGAUGUGAUGAGAUUUCUAUGGUGGCCAGACUGCAAAAUGACACAACAGCCCAAGAUAUAUUGGAUGUGUGUGCACCUGUUCGGCGGGACUUGGAGUCCAAGUUGCUGCAAUUUCGCUAUGCGCCAGACAGCCGAUGAUAACCAGGAUGACUUCUCCGCUGAAACUGUAGAGAUUGUGAAGCGCAAUUUCUACGUUGACGAUUGCCUAGUUUCAGUGGAGACCGAAGAGGAAGCUGUGAAAUUGUCAUCCGAGCUCAAAACUCUACUGCAAAAAGGAGGGUUCAAGUUGACCAAGUGGUUGAGUAACAGACCAAGCGUUCUGAAGUCCUUCCCCAUAGAAGAAAGGGCUAAACAACUGAAAGAUCUUGACCUAAACCAUGAUGAGCUACCAGUUGACCGAGCACUGGGUGUCAGCUGGGAUGUUGAAAGAGACAGUUUAGGAUACAAAUUGGCAAUCAAAGACAAGCCAAUAACAAGGCGUGGACUACUUAGCAUUGUGUCAUCAAUCUACGACUCCUUGGGAUAUGCAAAUCCAUUCAUCCUGAGAGCUAGACUACUGCUGCAGAAACUGACUCGACUCAAACUAGGAUGGGACGAGCCGUUACCAGAAGUGCAGAAACAAGAAUGGGAAAAUUGGACAGAGGAGUUACCUUGA